AUGGCCGAUGAACAUCAGUUUGUCGGGCCUUAUAUAUUGGAAAGAACCCUUGGUAAAGGCCAAACAGGUUUAGUCAAGCUAGGAAUUCACUGUCAAACUCGUAAAAAAGUGGCUAUCAAGAUUAUCUGUCGUGAUAAACUGAGUAAAUCUUUGUUAUCUAAGGUUGAAAGAGAAAUUACGAUCAUGAAAUUGAUUGAGCAUCCACACGUUUUGGGAUUAUUUGAUGUAUACGAAAAUAAAAAAAUGCUUUACUUAGUUCUGGAACAUGUCAGUGGUGGAGAACUUUUCGAUUAUUUAGUCAAAAAAGGUCGCUUGUCGCCUAAGGAGGCUAGGAAAUAUUUCAGGCAAAUCAUUUCUGCUUUAGAUUUUUGCCAGAGUCACUGCAUUUGCCAUCGCGAUUUGAAACCUGAAAAUUUGUUGCUGGAUGGUAAAAUGAAUAUCAAAGUUGCUGAUUUUGGCAUGGCCUCUUUACAGAAAAUUUCUCCUCAUUAUGUGUGCCCAGAAAUCAUUAGGGGAGAAAAGUACGAUGGUCGCAAAGCUGACGUCUGGAGUGCUGGUGUUAUUCUUUUCGCUUUAUUAGUCGGAUCAUUACCAUUUGAUGAUGAAAAUCUUAGAAGGCUAUUAGACAAGGUCAAAAAAGGCAACUUUAGCAUUCCUGAUUUUGUGCCCAGCGAAUGUCAAGAUUUAUUGAAACGCAUGAUAGAGAAAGAUCCAGAAAAAAGAUAUUCGAUUGCAGAUGUUUAUAAACAUCCAUGGAUGAAAGACUACUGCGGAGAGGUGGAAUUAGAAGCACCAAUGCAAGAUGUAGUCCAGACAGAGAUGAUUUCUUCUGAAUCUAUGAUCGAUCUUGAUGUAUUCGAUUCAAUGACAAGUUUGGGAUGCUUUAAAGAUAAGGAUGACUUGAAGAAGAAGCUUUUAGACCCACAUCACAAUACGCAAAAAGUUGUUUAUUACCUUUUACUUGAUCGUAAACUUCGCAAGCCAGCAGUGAACGAUGUUGAUCCUUUCUUUGAUUUGGAUAUCUCUGAUCCACCGCGUAAGCGAGUAGAUUCAUUUAACUCUCCUCGUCAGUCUCCAAGGUUAGCCCAUCAGAAAACUUACCGAUACACCGCCUAUCACAAGACCUCGAUCAGUUACUGUGUCUUCGUAAGGCAACUUAAUUUUAUAGACAUCACACGACGAUAUUGGAUUAUAUUUAAGAUAAGGAAUACUAAUCUUGUUUAUAUUAAUAGAGCUGGAUCUCCUCAACCUCUUAAUAGAAUUAGCCAGAUUGACCUUAGCAGCGACGAUGAUAAUGGUCGCCCGGGAACUCCGGCUAAAGAUGAUGGAACGAAUGGCCAGAGUCCGCAAUGGAAGUCAAAAAUAUCUAAUAUUAAGAAAUCUAUCAUUGGUACACCUAGAUUCCACAGAAGGAAGAUGAUUGGUAUGUCGUGGUUUAGUCAGUUAGUUGGCAACAUCGAUUCUGAUGAUGUUUUCGUCAUAAUCAAGGAUAAAAACAUCUCUAUGAUAAAAGCAGACUUGAUACAAGCCUUGCUCUCGAUGAAGGAUCUUACUCAUCAGGUUACUUCAGCGACUCAAAUUAUCGCAGAAAUUAAAAAAUCAUCCGUAUUCCAAUCUAAACCGCUAAAGUUUAUGAUCAACAUUGAGAGCUCCAAAACGAAUUCAGAUAGUCUCUACUAUACGGUUACAAUGAAGUUAUUGACAUCUGGGCAAAAAAGACGAUUUAAAAAGAUUGCCGAUAAUAUUCAGAAGAGUAGCUUUGCAACCGAGCUCAAUCCCAGUUCGCAGAAGCUAUCAUUGCACUAUUACGACGAUUGGCUACAUUAA